CGCUCCACUAGUGCUGCCGCCCAACUUGCUCCACGACAUCAACAACAAAGGCGCGCACCCCGUCGUCCUCGCUCCCCCUCCCCUGGCUGCCCGUCCGCCAGCUUACGGGCAAGGCUUCUCUUUCUCUUGCAAAGGACGCUUCCGUCGUUGCUUGUUUUCCGCCUUUGCUCUCUUUUUUUUUCCCGCCUUCGCAUUGCUUGCUCGCCGCUCGAACCAAUCCCCGACGGAAACGACCACGACAACCUGACCACCACGCUUCGACAACUCGGGCCUGCUCUCGUAGGGCCGCUGUCCCAGCCAUGGAUCAGUCGUGGCCGCAGUAUCACGAUCCCAACGCAAGCAAUACCUCGAGACGGCACAACGGCGCCCAGAUGAACCCUCCCGCCCAGUCCCCCGCCGCGUACCCAUACGACCAAUACCACGCUGCUGUUGCCGCUGCCAACGCUUCGCCAUCACAGCAGCCUCACCACCCGCCUGCUAAUCAAAUGUCGUCGCCCAUGGGCCAGCCCCGUGACGGCAAUGGAGAUGUCGCCAUGCGAGAUGCCCACGACCAACACGCCGGCAUCAAGUAUCCCAUGCGGCCUCACCACCAAGCGCACCUCUCUGCGGGCCGCCACGAUCUCCAGCAGCAGCCCUCAUCCGCUGCUCAACGUUACUCACCCAUGGAGACGCUCUCGCCUACGUCACCCUACGGCCCCAAGACUAGCCAAUUUGCAAACCCGCCAUCGCAAACCCAGUCUCCUAGCUCCGCUGCCGAGUAUCCCCAGAGCCCUUACUACCCGGGCCGUCAGCAGCAACAGCAGCUUCCCCCUCUCUCUCCAUACGGCUCUCGCGGCGACGGCUAUCCAUCUUCUGCUGUCGCCAAUCUCGACAACGCCUUUGCAAACGCUGCCAAGUCGCCCCAGCGUCCGACGGGCCCCUUGGUCAAACCCGUCCCCGAGUUCAAAAAGAUUAGGGCCGUCUCCGACCUCCAGCCAAAGGCUCCUCGCCAGCCCCCGUUCCGCCGUGCCAACCCCGAGGGCGGUUUCAUCAGCCCGCUGCAAGCAUUGACGAGCCACCUUCCUGCCACCUACCGAAUUUGCAACCCUAGCUUUAAAUACGAGACGUCUAGAAACCCCCGCAGAGUCUUGACUAAGCCCAGCAAGGGUGUCAAGAAUGACGGCUACGACAAUGAAGAUAGCGAUUAUAUUCUUUACGUCAACGAUAUUCUCGGUUCCGAAGAGGCUGGUCACAACAGAAACAGGUACUUGAUUCUCGACGUAUUGGGUCAGGGUACAUUCGGUCAGGUCGUCAAGUGCCAGAACCUCAAGACUCAAGAGGUCGUUGCCGUCAAGGUCAUCAAGAACAAGACGGCCUAUUUUAACCAGAGUAUGAUGGAGGUGUCUGUUCUCGACUUGCUAAACACCAAGCUCGACAAAAACGACGACCAUCAUCUCCUACGACUCAAAGAUACCUUCAUCCACAAGCAGCAUCUGUGUCUUGUGUUUGAGUUGCUCAGUGUAAACUUGUAUGAGCUCAUCAAGCAGAACCAGUUCCGCGGUCUCAGCACGACGCUGGUCCGUGUUUUUGCGCAGCAGCUGCUCAAUGGCUUAGCCCUACUCAACAAGGCUCGCCUUAUUCACUGCGAUUUGAAGCCCGAAAACAUUUUGCUCAAGAACCUCGAGAGCCCGAUUAUCAAGAUUAUCGACUUUGGUUCCGCCUGCGACGAGCGUCAGACCGUCUACACAUAUAUCCAGUCGCGAUUCUACCGCUCGCCUGAAGUCCUUCUCGGUCUGCCAUACUCGUCAGCCAUUGACAUGUGGUCGUUGGGUUGCAUUGUCGUGGAGCUGUUUUUGGGCUUGCCGCUUUUCCCUGGCUCGUCAGAGUAUAACCAAGUGUCACGCAUCGUCGAAAUGAUGGGCAACCCUCCUAACUGGAUGGUCGAAGUCGGUAAGCAGGGCGGAGACUUUUUCGAGAAGCGCCAGGACGAAUACGGCCGUCGAACCUACAGCCUCAAGCCUAUGGAGCAGUACGCGCGCGAGCACAACACCAAGGAGCAGCCCAGCAAGAAGUAUUUCCAGGCCAGUACGCUACCCGAAAUUAUCAAAUCCUAUCCUAUGCCUCGCAAGAAUAUGAAGCAAAGCGAGAUUGAUAGAGAAAUGAACAACAGAGUAGCGUUCAUCGACUUUGUCCGCGGGUUGCUCAACAUCAACCCACUAGAGAGAUGGUCACCGCAGCAGGCCAAGCUUCACCCUUUCAUCACACAACAAAAGUACACGGCGCCGUUUGUGCCACCCAUGAACCUCAAGUCGACGUCACUUAACAGAUCGCCGGCACCAGGCACGCACCAGCAGCAGCAAGCCGAGGCUCUUAGCAAGCAGCGAGCGCAGGCUGCCCAAGCAAGUGCCAGCUCUGCAGCACAAACAGCCUAUGCCAAUAUGCCUCCCGCGCAGUACGCCCAGUCUGCCGGACAAGUUCAACCGCAAAUGUACGGCGCCAACCCCAUGUACCCUGCCGCCGGCGGUCACGGAAACAUGGCUUCGGCAUACGCACCACAGGGCGGACAGUACGGCCAGAUGAUGCCUCCGCAGCAAGGAAUGCCCGCCGCGCCGUACAACAUGCAGCCUCAGCAACAACAGCAACAGCCCAACAUGUACCAGCCGCAACAGCAGCAGCAGGGUGGUAUGCGUACGAACCGCCAGCGUGCAUCAACAAUGGAGCAGCAGCAAAGCGGUAUUCCUGCAGCCAUCCAGCGUGUUGCUAGCCACUUGGACCCGUCGCAACCGAUUCGUCUGCAGCCUAGCCCAGCGUACUACCCGCCACCGGGAGAGCUUGGGCAUGGUCAAGGCAUGGACACGACGCCAGGACGAGCACGCCGGGGUAGCCGCACGCAGCAGCAAGGCGGCUCGCGCAGCAACCGUGACUUUAUCCGCAACCUAGAAGAGCGGACACUGGAGGAAGGCUAUACGCAUCAGGGUCAGAAUACAUGGCAUUAGGUCGCUAAGCGGCCAGAAGAGUAGAAUUUCUUUGUUGUUUUGGUUUCAUUGAAGCCGGACUGUGGUUAUUGUUGUCAAAAAAGGAAGAUUGUAAGAAAGUUUUUGUAGGCAGGUAAAUUGUCGCUUUCUGGUUUCCUUUGUUCUGGCAUGGGAAGUGGGCUGGGAAAGGGAAGACGGGGUAUAUGAUGGGUUUAUAGCUGCACAUGCUAGUAAGACUACCACUAUGUUCAAACCACCAAACAGUGCACAAUAGUGAUGUUAUGUGAUGUGAUGUCCCAUAGUCAGUCCUCCUUGUUUUCAGGUCCCUACGUACAUACACAUACACAACGUAGAUUAAAAUACAAUGUAAUCAAUGUCCAUUCAAAAUCAAAAAUAAGAAAAAUAUCCCCCAACGCCAGCUAUACAUUUAUACAAACACACACUUUGUUCCUUUCUGCAGCUCUUCAUCGACGUCCGCCACGUCCUCUACCCUUCCCUCUCGACAUGCCAUCGCUGACGAGUCCUCCAUUCCCCGGCUCCUGCGUCUGCUGCGCUCUGGGUCCCGUAGGCACCUUCUUUGGCCCUGUCGGUGCCGAGGCCGGUGCAUUGCCCUGCUUCGCAUACACCUUGAUUAUGCGGCCAUCAGCCGUCUUGUCGUUGAACGUCUCAAUUACACGCUCGCCGCCCUCGCGCGAAGCAAAUAUCAUCUCCAUCAGCACAAAUGGCUGCGACUUGACGAGGCGGCAGCUGACCAUCUCGCCGCCAAUUGGCGUCAUGGCCGACUCGACG